AUGCCGCGACUGUCCUGUUUUGUGCUCCUGGCGGCGUCCGCCAUCGCGUCGUCCUUCACCCCGUCCACCGCCUUCCAGUCUGGCAGCGGCGGACGCGUGAUGUGGGAGAACAACUGCGACUUCUACGGCAACGACUACCGCUCGAUGAAGGCCAUCCCCGAAGUCUGUGGCGAUGUCUGCGCUAGCGACUCGGCUUGCUCCCACUGGGCGUGGAACAACCACAACGGCGGCACUUGCUGGUUCAAGAAGGGCUCGUCCAAGACCAAGACGAACAAGUGGGGCACCAACUGCGGCUACGUGGUGAACCGCAACUCGCAGCAAGCUCAGCAGAACCAAGGCCAGGCUAUGAACAGCGGCCUCAACCCGAACGAGAUGGGCGAGAUGCUGGGCCGGAUCAACGCCUACCGCUCGCAGAACGGCCUCCCGGGUCUCAGCAUCGACAACCGACUGGUGAACGCGGCCACGCUUCACUCGCAGGACCAGGCCAACCACUGCAAAAUGACCCACGCCGGAUCGAACGGCUCCAGACUCGGCGACCGCAUCAAGGCGCAGGGCUACAACUUCAACAUGGCCGAGGAGAACGUGGCGGCCGGCCAGACGAGCGUCGAGCAGGUCAUGAUCUCGUGGUGGAACUCCCCCGGACACCGUGCCAACCUCCUCAGCAAGGACGUGGAGAACGUCGGCUUCGGAAAGGUGGUGAACAACGGCUGCAGCAACUACGCGACGUACUGGACGCAGGACUUUGGUCGCCUGGCAUGA